AUGAAAAUAUCAUUCACCAGUUGUGUUAAAAUAUUACCAAUUAAGAAAUCGUCAUUUUUAACAUCAACUGAAAGAUAUACUACUGUAGAGUUUGGACUCUGUGAAAGUAUUAUAGUUAUAGACGGAAAUAAUAGUACAUGCGAUAAAUGCCUAUCCACUUUAAAUAUUGAUCAAUUAGUUAAAUUAAACGUUGAGUCUUUAAAAAUAAGUGAUGGUUCGGACAUUUGGGAAAAAAAGCAAGUCACCAUAGAUUCAUUACAAAUAUUUACAUCUGUAUCAAUUCCUUAUAAGUCACAUAUUUCUGAACAAUGGUUUAAUGAUAAUAGUAUAAAUAUGGAAGAAGAUCAAUUUUAUAGAAUAUGCAUAUGGUACGAAUUAAUUAAAAUAUUAACUGGUAAUCAAAUAUUUUGUUUCCAAUGUGACAAUGUGAUUGAGUAUUCAGAUUUUGUUUGUCACUACAAUAUCAAUUCGUCUGAUAAUAUUGACAAUUCUUUGUCAUUUACACUUGAAUUGCAUUCAAAUACUGAUAUUAUAAGAAAUUUAGCUCAAUUUACAUUAAAAAUAGUUCAAAAUGGAGAAAUUGAUUUGUUUUUGUUAUCGUCAAGGAUGUUUGAAAAUUUAAAAACGUCGAACUCCAUGAUAAAAGGUUUAUUACAAGAAAACAAGAGUCUAAGGGAACAGAUUGAUAAAUCAAUUAAUGAAAGAAAACAAUUAGAUGCUCUUUUAGAAAAACGCGAUAAAGUGACAAAGGCUAUGAUGAUAAAUCUUUUAAACGAAAAGAAGUCUAAAAUCAAAGAAUUAGGCUCCAAAUUAUCAUCCUUACAAACUAACCAGGUUACAGAUUCAGAUUUAAUUAACAACUAUGUCCAUAGCCCAAUUGUCCAAUUAAAUUCACCAGGUCGAAGAAAAAGAAAAUUUUAUGCAGACCUCAAAUCACCAAUACCCUCAAUUAGAAGAAAAAACUCUGUCAAAAUUAAAAGUGACGGUCCAUCUUUGACAAAUAUUAAAAAUAGUCCAACAAAUAUUCCAUCUUUAGAAAGUCGAAAUGAUAAUAAUGUCAAAACUAAACUUAAAACUGCUGCUAAUGACGAUACUUUUGACGGUUUCAAUAACUCUAAAUUUUUAGGUAUCAAUAAAACAAUAAAUUUUGACAAUUUAGAUUUAGUAGAGCCAGAGAUAGAAAUCCCCAAAUUAAGGAUAAAAGAUCAAACUAAAAAAUAUAAUAAUGAAGAAAAUUUAAUCUAUAGGAAAGCUAAGAAUGAUGAUACAUCGUUGCUUUAUGAACUAAUAAAAAAAGAAGAUUUUAAUAAAACUUUCGAUAAUUAUAUAGAUCAGGGUGAGGAUGAUUUUACAUCAAAUUAUCCAAGAGACAAUUGUGAAGAAAUAAACCUAACUACUAUUGAGGGUAGUAAAAACAUAAAUAAUAAUGAAAGAGGAAAAAAUUCUGAUGAGACAAACAGAGCUCUAAAGAAGAACACAUUAGGGACUGAAACUAUUUCAGAGACUGAUAUAAGUACUGAUAUAGAGACAGACACUGAUUAA